AUGAAAGAUGAAUCUGUGAAGUCUCCCUGGGGGACUCCGGGGCGUUAUAUGCCUCGAAAAAUGCUACUGGCGAUUGUCGAGAAACUCGGCCAUGUGAGGCAUUCUCCCAGCCGGUCCGUGGAUUCCCAGCUCCUCUUGGAGAUAGGCUCCAAGCAAGUAACAUCACGACGGCCGGCUCUGAGGGCCUCAGGGUUUGGUGACCAAAAAGACGGGUUUUGUACGGAGGGAGAUCAUGAAAAUGAUGAUGAGGAUGAAAAUGAUGGGGAUGACCAAAACUGUAUUGCCGGGAGCUGA